AUGGCGAGGUCGUGGGGGCACAGCGACAACCCCUUCGAGGAGGUCGACGUAGAUCAUCAGGUCAACCCCUUCUCGCACCCACGUCCAACUCCACUCCCCCAUGAACCUCCUGUUACCUUCUACAACGACCCUGGUGCAUCCGUCGAUAUCCCUCUUGACAGAAAACAGGACCUGAAGAAAAAGGAGAGAGAACUGUUGGCUAAAGAAGCCGAGCUAAACAAAAGAGAACAGGAACUAAAAAGAAGGGAAGAAGCUCUUGCAAGAGCUGGAGUUUUUGUAGAGCCAAAAAACUGGCCUCCAUUCUUCCCCAUCAUCCAUGUUGACAUCUCAAACGACAUACCCUUGCACUUGCAGCGAGUGCAGUAUGUUGCUUUUGCAUCACUGCUAGGGUUGGUCAUAUGCCUCUUCUGGAACCUAAUAUGUGUCAGUGCUAUUGCGAUUUUAUGGAGCGACCCUAGGGCCUGGUUUCUGGCUGCCAUAUACUUCAUUACUGGAUGCCCAGGUGCCUACUUUUCAUGGUACCGACCUCUUUAUCGUGCCAUGAGGAAAGAGAGUGCUUUCAGAUAUGGGUGGUUCUUCCUGUUCUAUUUCUUCCAUAUAGCUUUCUGCAUCUACGCAGCCAUUUCUCCGACAAUCUUUUUCGUUGGACAAUCACUGACGGGAAUUUUUCAAGCGAUCAACGUGAUAGGCCACAAUGGUACAGUCGGGAUAUUAUACUUCCUGGGUUUCGCGAUGUUCGUCCUUGAGGCGUUGCUGAGCAUAUGGGUCAUGCAGAGAGUAUACUGGUAUUUCCGGGGGAAAGGGAGGGAGGCACAGAUGAGGCCUGAUGCUGCAGCAGGCGGCUCACGGUUCUGA